GGUGAUAUGGAGCAAGGCGUUCAUAGUUCAGUAGAUGGGUGGGGUAAGUGGAAGCAAAGAAGCCUUGGAGCUGCUCUCCCACUUCCAGCAGGAUGGAUGGAUCAGGCAGCCCUGCACAAGUGGGACCAGGGCGCCAGGGACGCCGGCCGUUCUCCCUCCGAGCCUCCAGCGGGCGCUGUAGCGCCGCCCGUCACUCUCCCGACAGCCCUCACGCAGGCGCGCGUCUUUAAGCAACGGAAGAACCAGUGGGUGCGGCAGUGCGUUGGGCGGAAGCGGCUCGCACGCCAGGAACCGCCAUGCCCGGGGACCACCGCCGCAUUCGCGGCCCUGAAGAGUCGCAGCCGCCGCAACUGUACGCGGCCGAUGAGGAGGAGGCGCCCGCCGCCCGCGACCCAACGCGACUGCGGCCCGUGUACGCGCGCGCCGGGCUGCUGAGCCAGGCCAAAGGCUCGGCCUACCUGGAGGCGGGAGGCACCAAGGUGCUGUGUGCAGUGUCGGGCCCGCGACAGGCCGAGGGCGGCGAGCGCGGCGGCGGCCCGGCCGGAUCUGGCGGCGAAGCCCCGGCCGCGCUGCGCGGUCGCCUGCUGUGCGACUUCCGUCGCGCGCCCUUCGCGGGCCGCCGGCGCCGCGCUCCCCCGGGCGGCGGCGAGGAGCGUGAGCUGGCGCUAGCGCUGCAGGAAGCGCUGGAGCCGGCCGUGCGCCUGGGCCGCUACCCGCGCGCGCAGCUCGAGGUGUCGGCGUUGCUGCUGGAGGACGGCGGCUCGGCCCUGGCCGCCGCGCUCACCGCCGCCGCGCUCGCCCUGGCCGACGCUGGCGUGGAGAUGUACGACCUGGUGGUGGGCUGUGGCCUGAGCCUCGCGCCAGGGCCCGCGCCCACCUGGCUGCUGGACCCCACGCGGCUAGAGGAAGAGCGCGCCGCCGCCGGCCUCACCGUGGCGCUCAUGCCUGUGCUGAAUCAGGUGGCCGGGCUGCUGGGCAGCGGCGAGGGCGGCCUGAUCGAGAGCUGGGCGGAGGCCGUACGCCUGGGCCUCGAGGGCUGCCAGCGCCUCUACCCCGUGCUGCAGCAGAGCCUGGUGCGGGCGGCCCGCCGCAGGGGCGCCGCCGCCCAGCCCUGAACUAGAAGCCUGAGCACCGACGGACGCAAGCCAAGGACCGUG